UAUAACAACAUUUACAAGAGUUACGAGACAUGAAGAAAAGGGUAAUUGUUAAAAAGUGUAGUUUUGUCAACCCAAUUCCAAAUCCAAUUAGACUUUGCCUGUCCACAUAAUAACCUUUGUAUUCUAUGUGCUCCAAUCAUGAAUGAUAAUGAUAGUGUUGUGAAAAAAAUCGUGCGGCGUCCGUCGAUAAGCACGGAGCAGGAAUCAAACGGCAAUGGCAGGAAUGAGGUGAUCUAUAGUUACACGGGCCGCAUGCAGGAACUAAUUGAGGGCUAUAAUGCGGCUGUACAAUUGCUGGUGCCCAAGUGGCCCUGGUAUUUCUACCCAGGGUACUUGACAUAUGCAUUAUAUUGGCGCUAUGCCAAAUACUUCAGGGACAAGUUUCUGCUAACGCCUCUGCCCAAUCGACUAUACCAGCUGUUGAUUAAAAACGAACUUAUCAAGUCCGAGCACAUCAUUUUCGCUAGCCGGCAUGUCUAUGAUACAUAUGCCGAGUCCGAUGAUGUAAACUUUGUCAAUUUAAUUGUGCGUGAGAGCAUUCGCAGCAAGAGCAAGCGAGCCACUAGCACUGCCUCUAAUCAGACAACCGAUUCCGAUGUGCUCAUCAAGCAUAUGCUGCAAGAGACGCCACAUACCAUUGUGGCGCAACUACUACCCAUUGAAAACACGCACAGUCACGAGAAUUGUCUUUAUGUGCAUGAAAACUUUUAUGGCAAUCUGUUGGAUCGGUUUCGCAGCAGCAAACGCAGCCGCAGCAAUUGUUGGGUGCAGCUGGAACAUUUCAGCGAUGAGCAGAUCAUACCCACUAUAGCAACCAAGGCGCAAGUCUAUCUGCUGAAUAGUCCACACGAACUGCCGCCAGAGUUGUCCGAACUCAUCUUGAGCAAUUAUUUUAAUACGCCGCGUCUGCUGCAUCGUGGACACAUCUAUCGCAUUGAGUUGAACGCUCAGCUGGUUGGCACAGCUGCCUAUGCUCACUACUAUCUCAUCUUUGCCUAUUUGCAUGAGGUUUUCUUUCGAUGCGUGCAUCUGGAAACUAAGGGCAGUGAGUUCGAGCUGCACGCUAUUGUGGCUAAGAAUUUUAGCAACUUGGUGCAAGUGCCGCAUGCGCAUAGCUUUUUGCCACGCCAGCUGCUGGACAAUUGUGCAAUUGCUACCAACUAUCCCAGUGGACUUCGGCAGCCUUAUCAGCUGCUGCGCUCAUCGCUAGAUGCCUUUCUGCCUAGACGCUCCGCAUGCCUAUCCUCGAAGCACAUCUUUCCCGUUUUUUUGCUGCAAGGUGAACGUGGCGCCGGAAAAACUAAACUUGUUAAUGCUGUUGCGCACGAGCUAGGCUUACACAUAUAUGGUGCGGAUUGUGCGGAAAUUGUGUCGCAAGUGCCUUCGCAUACGGAAAUGAAGCUUAAGGCGGUGUUUGCCAAGAGUUUGCUAAGCGAACCAUUGCUCAUCUGCUUUCACAACUUCGAGAUAUUUGGCAUAGAUAACGAGGGCAACGAAGACUUACGUUUGCUAUCCGCAUUUCAUGUGCAAAUUCAGGAGCUGUUCUCGCGUGAUCGCAAGCACCCGGUGGCAGUCAUAGCUUUAACCAGCGACAAGCAUCUAAAGCCCAUGAUACAGAGUCUGUUUCUGGAAAUCAUCAGCGUAGAGACACCCAAUCAGUCAGAGCGCUUCGAGCUGCUGCAGUGGAUGCAUGUGCGUGAAAGUUUCAAUGACGCUAUCUACAACCAAAGAGCAUUGUCAAAGCUGCCGCUCUUCCCUCUGCAGCUGCAGUCGCAGUAUAUGAGCAAACUCUGCUCCAAUUGGCCCGAAACACAGUCCCUUUUAAUGGAGGUGUCUUCCAAGUCGCAGGGCUUUCUGCUAGGCGAUCUGCAGUUGUUAUAUGAUAAUGCUGUACGUCUGAAGCGUCUGCAAAGUAGACAGCAUCUAACGCUGGAGCACUUUGCCAAGAACUUAACUGAUAUGCAGAGCUCGUUCGCGGAUAGUCUGGGUGCACCCAAGGUGCCUAAAGUAUAUUGGUCGGAUAUUGGCGGCCUUUCCAAACUGAAAGAUGAAAUUCAAAGCAGCAUUGGACUGCCCUUGAAGCAUGUGCAUCUCAUGGGCAAGAAUCUAAGACGCUCCGGCAUAUUGCUCUAUGGUCCGCCCGGCACGGGCAAAACGCUUGUGGCCAAGGCAGUGGCUACCGAGUGCAAUCUUAGUUUUUUGUCCGUGCAAGGACCGGAGUUACUCAACAUGUAUGUGGGCCAGAGCGAACAGAAUGUUCGCGAAAUUUUUACACGCGCUCGCUCUGCAGCGCCCUGUGUGUUGUUCCUGGACGAACUGGAUUCACUUGCGCCGAAUCGCGGUGUAGCAGGAGACUCGGGUGGCGUCAUGGAUCGUGUGGUGUCGCAGUUACUGGCCGAGAUGGACGGCAUGUCCAAUGGCGAUGCGACAAAACCAAUAUUUAUACUCGCUGCCACCAAUCGACCUGACUUAAUAGAUCCAGCGCUGCUGCGUCCUGGACGCUUUGACAAGCUCUUCUAUGUGGGCCCCUGCGACACGUCGGAGGACAAGGCAGCAGUGCUGCGUGCACAAACCCAACGCUUUGUAUUGGCCAGUGAUGUGGAUCUUGAUCAAAUUGCUGAACGUCUUAAGCAGGAGAUGAGUGGCGCCGAUUUGUACUCAAUUUGCUCCAAUGCUUGGCUCUCCGCCGUUAGACGCACCAUAAAUAAACAUUUGAGCUCUGAGCUGCCAGCGGAGCAGCUGAAAUCGGAGCAUGUCAUUGUGGAGUCGGGUGACUUUGCUACUUCGUUUAACAAAUUUGUGCCUUCAAUAAGCCAAACUGAUUUGGAGUAUUUUAAAAACCUUAAAGCUACAUAUAGCGUGUAAAUUGAUAACUUCAGGGACUGUAAGUAUUUAUUAUCUUUCAUAGAAAGCAUUAACUUUAAUAUUGUUGAUUUGUAUUUACCAAGUUGAUUGUUGAUUUCGAAAAAUAAAACUCAUCGUUGACGAUUAAAUCGUGAGUU